UACCGCAGUGGAUUUUAUAAUUGACUCUCGCAUCCAGGUCAGCGGGGAGCGUUUGCUGGCAAGACAUUGCAGAGCUGCCCGGGCCUAACACGAGUGUAAAGUAGUUCCAGGACGGAAGAAACUCCAGACCCUGCCGCGGCCAGAAGUGAAACUACUCGCCCUGCCCAGUCGCUCGGUCCCUUCCCCGCCCUCCCACCGUGUGCCGUGCAGAGAUGCAUCCAGCCAGUAGAGGACGGGGUAGGUCCCCCCGGCUGUCAGUCAGCAGGGGCUGCCCGGCUCGGGACGAGCUGAUCCCGAAAUAAGGACCGACCCUGGCGGAGAGCAGAGCGCGCAUAGCUGGGGGUGCCCAGCCCCGGCCCCGCACCGUGCCUGGAAGCUUCGUCCGCCCGGCAUCUUCCUCCCUCCAGCCCCGGCGCCGGGUAACCCCGCGCUAUCUCCCGCGGAGAACUGCCCGCUAACUUCGGCGCCGGCGCCAGGUCUGCCUGCGCGGCUGCGGGCAGGAUGGGGGUUGCAGCAUCCCCCCUCUGCCCCGGGGGCAGCCAGCCCCUUCCUCCUCCUCCUCCCACCGCCGAGCCCCGCGCCGGAGCCCCUCUGGCGCAGCCUCUUCGCGAUGUCCUGCCAGGGGCGGCGAGCCCUCCCCGGAGCGCCUGAGAGCGGGCCGAGCCUCAGCACCGCGGACAGCUCCCGGCUCCCGGCGGGCCGCGCUUCAGCACCGCGGACAGCUGCCGGCUGCCGGCGCGCCGAGCCCCAGCGCCGCGGGCAGCUGCCGGCGGGCCAGGGCGCGGGGCGCCGCCGGGCUCUGCCCGCGGAGGGGCCAUCGGGGCCCGGCUCCGGCCCGGCUCCGUGCCUCGGUGCCCCGGUUUAUUGCGUAUUGCUGGCAGCCCUCCGCUGUAGCAGCACGCCGCUCUGCCGAGAAGGUCGCCGAGAGAUCCGCGCGCACGCACACGCUACCGCUCGCCUCUCUGGCGGGGCCAGAAGAGGGCUUAUCUUUGGGCUCGGAGUCCGUUUGUCUUCUGUGGAUCGGGAUUUACGAGCUUGGACGGCGCCUGGUUACGGUGGUGUAUGAGUCUACAGACCCCGAGGUGCGCUACAGAGUUAGAAAGAAACCUCGGAUCUGUCGCGCUGUGGAGGGGUAAAAUAAACCCUAUACAACCAGCAAACCCAGCCCAAGCCUUCCUGCCUCCCUGCAACCAACUUUACCCCCCCCCCCCCCCCAACGGCGAGAAUUCUCUCCUUUCCUCCUCCCUCCACGCUCCUUCCUUUGGAGACUGUAGCAUGAGGCAUUUCCUUCUAUCUGGCUCAGGGUAAAAGCAUACCCUGGGGGCAGCAACACACAUCUGGCAGGGACUGAAAGGUUUUAAUCCAGCCUCUACUGCAAUCAACAAUGGCAAAUGAACCGGUGAUUCUGAAUGUUUAUGACAUGUACUGGAUAAAUGAAUACACCUCCACCUUGGGGAUUGGUGUCUUCCACUCUGGCAUUGAGAUCUACGGCAGAGAGUUUGCCUAUGGAGGGCAUCCCUACCCUUUCAGUGGGAUUUUCGAGAUCACACCUGGCAGUGCGGUAGAACUUGGCGAGACCUUUAAAUUCAAAGAAUCCAUUGCCUUGGGCACCACAGACUUCACAGAAGAAGAUGUGGAUAAGAUUAUGGAAGAGCUGGGCAAGGAGUACAAAGGAAACGCGUACCACCUGAUGCACAAGAACUGUAAUCACUUCUCUGCUGCUUUGGCUGAGAUACUAUGUGGGAAAGAGAUCCCCCGCUGGGUGAACCGCCUGGCCUACUUCAGCUCGUGCAUCCCCUUCCUCCAGAGCUGUCUCCCCAAGGAGUGGCUGACCCCAGCAGCCCUGCAGAGCCACAUCAGCCUCGGCCUCCACAAGGAGGAGCAGGGGGACACAACGGAUGAGGAGUCCCCCUCCACCUCCGCAGCCCCCUCAGCCUCAGGCACAUCGCGAACCUGUAGACAUACCCGGGUCUAAACUGUGCCCAGCAUGCCCUCAAAUAACAUCCCCCUCUCUCUUGUACGAUUUAUUUCUCACACCCUUUCACACACCUUGGUUUCUCUCUUCUUCAGCGGACAACACAGGGGAGGGAAGACCAUUUUUACUAAGGAGGUGAAGCUUCAGUCCCUUUUCCAAGGGCUGCCACUACAGUUGUUCAGCAAAAUGACCGUGAACCCCAACGCUGAGCUGAGGAGUGUGGCGACUAAACUGGAUUCUCCUCCCAGGGCCCCCAUGCUCCUUGAUCCAUGGAGAACUGCUGGCUCUCUCGGGCAUGAGAGCAUAUGUACGGGCAGGGGGGCUCCAUACUGUGAUGUUCCUUCUCUGGAACUGUUUUAUCUUUUUAUCUCUUCCCCCACCCAUGUGAGCCCAGCAGCCUCCUCUCUAUUUUGGCUGGGUUUGCCAUUCCCCUGUGACAAAUCUCCUGCCCACACCCAGUGAAGGAAGCAGAGCCAGAACUCAACCUUCUCAUCUCUUAGACCAGCAACAAGCUCCACUCAGCCCCAUCCCUUUUGUAAUUAUCAGGUUUCUAACUCAUGUGAAGGACAAAUGAAAGGUGCUGCUGUUCUACAACCGCCAGUUUUCAGUACUCAAAUUUAAGAGCUCAAAUGACUGUCCUGCUCUUGAAAAUAAUAACAAAGAACCUAGAAAAUGAAUGUGUUACCGUGGCUUUUCUUUGGGAUCAAAAAGAGGAUGGGGCUAGUGCUUAGAGGCAGCUACUAAGUAGGUGCAGAGAUGACUGUUGACCGUAUUGGUGCUUUUUGGCACAGACCCUUCUCAGUCCCCCUAAUUGUAGGCAGCGUUCCUGGGUUUCCUUUUUCCCCCCAGAUUCCCCGAGGAAUCUCUCUCCUAGGUGACAUUUGCUGGCUGUUUUUGGGAGAAUGGUCCUUUUGAGCACAAGGAGGAGGGGAGAGAAUCUGUUGGGAAAGUCAGUAUUUCCUUCAGCUUUUCCUCAUGUACUCACAGACCUAAAACGUGGCUCCAGAGUCACCCGCCCCAGCCUAUUUUUGAGCCAACCCAAGAAGGUAAAAAAUAAGUGAUGAACCCAAAGAAUGUCAACAUGUUUCCUCCUCCUCCCUUUUUGGAGGUGGAGGGGGAAACUUAGGGCCACAUCUGGAAAGCAUGGAUGACCCUUCCAAUGCAUGGGCCACCAUGGUGCCUUCCGUUGUGCGCACUAUUUCAGUGGCAUGAAAAAUGGGCAUAGCUGGCUCGCUGGCCUCUCCAGGCUGGGUCUUGACAAAAAUCUGGUUCUUGGAUGUAUUUAUGCUCAUUCUGACAGCUGAUGAGAAAGCAGAGGAGGAGGAAAGGACAAGUACACCAACUCUUCCACUCAAUUACCUCACUAGGAGUUCUAGUCAGAAGAGGUAGGAGAGAAUUAAAGGGAAAAUCCAGGCCCCCUCUCUUCCUUGCGACUCCUCUUGGCUACACAAAGGAGGAUGAAAACGGAACAGACACAGUGUUGAGAAGGGGUUGCCAUUUUAGAAAUGCAGUUCUCAAGCAGCUACCACCAAGUCGGGACUUCCACCCUCCACCCACAAAGAACUACAAGCAGCCCUUAAGAUGGCUGGUAGUUUCCUUUUAUUGGUCGCAAUAGCAUGCUAAGUCCAACCAGCUGUUUCUUUAGCUCAGGUAUACAGAAGCGUGUGCAUUCAGGGCUGAAGGUCUUGGCUAUGAUGUACAUCAUGUCUGCACAGACAGCGCUUAAUGGUUUGUUACAUGUGCACGCUCUUAGUGAAGCAGGAGCCUUUGGAGAGAUCUAUUGGAUGGAAAUAAAACUCAAAGGAUGGCCUCAUUCCACCGCCUCCUGAAGUGAUGCAUGUUUGGGCAACAAAACCUUUACAAAACGCCUCUCAUUUUCAUCCUCUGAACAAAUUGCUGCAAGUUCUGUACUGAACUAAAGUCACGUUCCUUAUUAACCUUGGCCACUCACAGCCAAUACUGCAUUGUGAGCAAUUCUGCAGCUCCUGGUAUCCAGUCCAGCACCGAUCUUGAUUACCCUGUCUUGUCCAGGGAUGUUUAAUAAGAUUUCCAUCCUGUUCUCCAUCCCACUGCCCAGAAACCACGUUACACAAUGUACUGUUGCACUCCCUAUUCCCCUGCAGUCAUGGUCAUUGCAGCCUAAACCAGCAGCGCAAGCUUCAUUUGCCUGAAGUUCCCAGGGCGCCUGCCAAUAGCCAGCAGCACGUUAUGUGCAGUGAAUUUUAAAAUCUCUUUUUAAGUCCUUCUCUGGAGGAAAGUGAGAAGAGGCUUUCUCAGAGCUUUUGUCUAGGCCAGGGAAACUGCAGUCAGAAACACCUAGUUCCUGAUGUGACAAAAGCCAGCCAGCCAUCAGCCUUGUGUUUCCGCUCUGCACCUGAACUCCAGAUAAAGCACCAUGUAUACAUCUAGGAGAGAACUAGGGCUCCAGAGGCACGUUUCACAUGGAAAAACCCUCUCACAGUAUUUCACAAAGUAAAAAAUGCUUAACUGGCUGUAUGGUAACCCGGACAAGAAAGCUACAUUCAGCCUCCUUGAGGAUAUGAAUAUGUGCUUGAAGUAUUGUGAAUAACACUUGGGGCAAGCUGUCAAUGUCACAAAAACCAGAUGUUUGUUUAUCUACUUUUAUGUUUGUCCAUCUAUUUAUGACAGUAUGGGUCACAUCAAGAAAGCAUCAAACCUCUGUUGUAAAUCAAAACCAGAAUAUAUUCCAAUCUUCAAAAGCGUUUCUCCCCACCCCUCUCUGUUCAAGGCAACCAACCAAUAAUGACAAGAACAAAGGGACACUGUGGAAAUAAAAUAUAUAUUGAUGAUAGCUUUACCUAUGUAAUUGAACAGCAUUUUAGAUUAUUAAACACAAAGACAUUUUAAAAGUCUAA